AUGGGUCGCCGCCCUGCGCGAUGUUAUAGAUACUGCAAGAACAAGCCUUAUCCCAAAUCCCGUUUCUGCAGAGGCGUUCCCGAUGCCAAGAUCAGGAUUUUCGAUUUGGGCCGAAAGAAGGCAAAGGUGGACGAGUUCCCACUAUGUGGUCACAUGGUGUCUGAUGAAUGUGAGCAGUUGUCUUCUGAAGCCCUGGAAGCUGCCCGUAUCUGUUGCAAUAAGUAUAUGGUGAAGAGCUGCGGGAAAGAUGGCUUUCACAUUCGGGUGCGCCUACACCCCUUCCAUGUCAUCCGCAUCAACAAAAUGUUGUCCUGUGCCGGUGCUGAUAGACUUCAGACCGGAAUGCGUGGAGCGUUUGGUAAACCACAAGGCACUGUUGCCCGUGUGAACAUUGGCCAGGUGAUCAUGUCGGUCCGCACCAAGGCUUCAAACAAGGAACAUGUGAUAGAAGCUCUACGCAGAGCCAAGUUCAAGUUCCCUGGGCGUCAGAAGAUUCACAUCUCCAAGAAAUGGGGUUUCACCAAGUUCAACGCAGAUGAGUUUGAGAGUAUGUGUGCAGAAAAACGCCUUGUCCCAGAUGGCUGUGGUGUCAAAUACAUCCCCACCAAGGGCCCCUUGAACAGGUGGCGUGCCCUUCAUGCAGCAUAA